AUGAGAAAUUCCAUGGAUAUGGAGGUUAAGAACAAACCUGGAAAGAUUAGUAUCUCCAAAAGAUUCAUCUUCUCAGGAGCAAAAGCUAUUGAGUAUCCAGAUUACCCACACUACCAUGAUCUCUUAUGGAAAAUGAACAUGCCCUUUGUGAAAGGACUCGAAGACAGACAUGACUUUGGCAGAUUUGAGAAGAAAUGCAACCCUGUGUUUUUAAAGUUCCAUCCUUAUCCCCCUUCAGUCCUGCCAGACUGUCAUGUGCACUACCCUUAUCCCCCACCAUAUGGACAGGCAUAUCCAUUGUUUCCACUUCGUGAUGAUGUGCCCUUAGGUGACCCCUGCUCAGGAUUCCUGAGUGCUGGUGCUGAUGCUGAUUUAAAGCCUGGCAUUGGCAGAGUCAUACCAAACCUGGUGAGUUUCAGUGAUGUGAAACCUCAAAAUCGAGUUCCUAGGCCAGACAAAGGAUUUCAAACCACAAUAAAAAGGCAAACAAUACUAUCAGAAGAACUACAGCAGAGCAGAAGGUGGAAUUCCAGGAAAGUACCAGACAUUUCCAUCAGGGCAAAACUCGGAGGUUGGACAAGCCCACUAAAAGUUACUCCUUUACCAGCUCAUGAUAACAAAAGAAGCUCAUUAGGUCUCAUACAUUCCUUUGAUGAGAAGACAACAAGUACAGAUAACAGUGAACCACUUCUCCAGCCAGACAAGAAAUAUAAUAUAAAGGAUGCAUUUUACAAAACCUCAACACAGAAAGCAUUUGAAACUGUUCCUUGGGACAAAAUGAUACCACCAAAACUUGAUCCAGAGGAAACAACAGUGGAAAGGGCUGCUGACCUCAUCUCACAGUGUUUCACACUUAAGAGAUAUGAAAGAGUGCCGGCCAUAACCCAGAUGGUCGGAGGACUCUGGGACAGAUUUCAGACGAGAUUGUUCUCAGCGCCAGUCAAACCAAUCACUUUUGUGAGUCCAAGUUCUAGGAGUAAAUACAUCCCUCUCUAUACUGGUCAUGUGCAGAGUACAAAUGCUGAUGAUGUGGACAACCCCUGUGGAAAUAUCGCAUCCGUGGCCAAGCCUCGGCAGUCUAAACUGCUCUAUACAAACACAAGUCGUGCGGCGAAUAUUCCAGGAUACACCGGCAAGGUUCAUUUCACAGCCACCCACCCAACAAAUUCUAAUAUUCCAUCAACAACCCCAUCACCAGAUUCAGAGAUGAGUCGAAAUGAAAACACCUCAACUGUCACCUUAAUAUUGAAGCAGCCAUAUGAACAUGCAGACACUCCGGGGCUUUGUUGA